AUGAAGAUACCUACUAAUUUAGCAGCAGAAAGUCACCAUGAUAACAACCUUAUAGAGCAAGCAUGCGAUUCGUGCCGGAAAAGGAAGCUUAAGUGCUCUAAAGAGUCACCAAAGUGCUCCAAGUGUAUUCAGCACAAUUGGUGUUGCUCAUAUAGUCCAAGGACAGUGAGGUCUCCUUUGACGAGAGCUCAUUUGACCCAAGUGGAAAAUAAGGUCAAGUCCUUGGAAAACCUAAUUACAUAUUUGUUGCCGCAAGAGGUAAAUUCGAGAGGGAUCGACCAAUUGCUCUACCAAAACACGUUCAAGGAUGUGUUGAGGCCCUACAAGGACAUGUUGCAGAACGGCAGUACAUCCGACGAAGGACAGGACGGUAGGAAUCGUGGGAGCACGCCGGGUGGUGGUAGCGGCACGACCACACCACCUGCAUUCGAAGAGGAUCUUAAUCAACUGAGUUCGGUGACUCCCCAGGGGGGAUCUCCGGGAAAGGGAGAGCAUUCGAGACUUAACACAAAUGGUUGUAAUUCAUUGGCGCAGUCACCCUCCUACUCGAUAUUUUCGAUGGACGACUCAAUUUCCAAUGCGUCAAUAGACCACUCCGACCAUCAUGAUCACAACAGAAUCGACAACGAUAAAAUCAAACAGGAAAUAAUCGACGAUUUCAUAUUGAAUAGCAUCCCCACUGACAACAAGCGCAGCCAAUGUCAGUUUAUAACCCCCUCGGCCAUCAAGCACGAAUACUCCCCAUACCCAUACCAACAGCACCAACCACGCCCCAAGAACAUAUCGAACACCACAACAUCAGCAACAUCACUCACAUCCCCCUCGUCGCUCCUCUCACUUAAUUCUUACGGCGAUAAUAUAAACGAAGACGAAGAAAUACCUAAGAAAUCCUACGCUUCACCUACGAGGCUGUCUGCGAAUAAAAAAUUUGAAGACCUCGAUCUUUUGAUUUCAUCGAAUGGUAUCAACAAUGGUAUCAAUGACUCCAACUAUAACUUGAUAUUUGAUGAGGUUAUGGAUGAUUCACCCAUGAUCAAUGGGUGA